GUGAGCACUUUUGUUUUAUCGAGAAACUCAAGGUGACCGCAUUGGGUUGAGGUGGAUUUCCUCUGAGGAAAACUGCGAAGGCCCAGCUAUCUUGAAUAAAAAAGAACACUCUCAUCAUGUCGAAUUCUGUUGAAGUUGGUUUGGCAAAGUCGACUGGAGUGAUAGGCAUUGCAGCGGGUCUGUGUGGUCUUAGCAAUUGUAUCUGUGGCUUCAUCUGGCUGGGAUACAAUGGCUACGGCGGACACGGUCUAUGGUCUGGAUUUGGGUUGAUCUUCGCUGCCUUGUUGGGACUGCUCGUCUGGCGAUAUAGAAACAAGACGAUGAUGAUAUUUUUUCUCGUGUCCUGCAUCAUCCUGGUGAUUGUUGUUGGCGUACAAACUGCCAUUGCAGCUCUGACUUACAUUUUCUGGCGUCUCUUCCAAAUUGCAACCGACUGCCGAACAUAUGCUGGAAAAUGCCAUUGCCGAACCGACGAGGGUGAAUCCAUCCCCAUAGAUCUGGAGACGUGUGAUCUGAUCUCCUCCAUUGACGCGAUGUUCCUGGCUCUGACAAUAUUUUCUGCGAUUGGCACCAUCGUUUCACUCGCUGGCUCCAUUGUGGGAUGCAUGGGCACGUGCUGCGCUAGAAAUCAGCAACCAGGCGCAGUGGUUGUGGUUCAGCAGCCGUCUAUGACCCAGUCCUCUGUACUUUACACUACCACCCAGUACCCUGCAGAGGGUUACCCAGUCCACCACAAUCCUGUACAACAAUAUCCCCAGUACCCCGCAGCUCAAGUCGGCCAGUACCCUCCACCCCAGUAUUCGGCGGCCCCGGGAGAGGGAGGACAACCUGGAGAAGCGGCAAUACCACCCAAAGCAUAGACGCGUCUGCAUUAUA